ACCCUCCUCUACUCCCUCGACCAACAUGGUAUAUCCUUUAACACAUUCUACGCCUGCUCUGAGCAACCCAAACCCCCCAAUGCACUUGUCAUCAUCAAAGACGACAGCGACACCAUCUUUGGCACAUUCGUAGGGGACAUAAUAUGGAAAAGCAGAAGGAGAGGGUACUACGAUACUGGUGAAUCAUAUGUCGUGUCCCCUUCCCCCUUUCCUCCACUCACCCUCCGCAGAUUCCUAUGGCGAUAUUCCAACCACAAACUCUCGAUGUACAAACCCACAGGUUGCAACUCCUACAUCGCCCUCUGCGAACCUGAUUACCUCAGUUUUGGAGGCAGGGACGAUGGGGUGUAUGGGCUGUAUAUUGAUAAGAGCUUGUUGGAGGGCCCGUCAGCAAGGUGUGUGACGUUUGGGAACGACAUACUUUGUUCGCCCAGGAGAGUGAGGGCAGGUGGAGCGGUGGGGUUUGAGUGUAUUAGGUUGGAAGUUUGGAGGGUGGGGUAG